AUGAAGCAAUUAGAGAUUGAGGAAAUUCAAGGAGAAGCAGGCCAUUCAAGUGAAAAUGAAAAUCAACAUGAAGGGUUGGUGAAUGAAAUCAUAGCAAUGUUUGAAAGGUUGGAGCCUUCAUUAUCAUCAGAGUGUUGUAUAUACAGGGUUCCGUAUCAUAUUCGCAGAGUGAAUGAAGAGGCCUACACUCCUCAGGUAAUUUCAAUUGGCCCUUUUCACUACAAUAGCACAAGAUUGAAACCAAAGAAAAAUCAUAAGGUAAGAUACUUAAAGAGUCUCAUGCACCGAGCUAAGCCUGAGAUACACUUGAAGACAUUAGUGAGCAGUAUAAAGUGGAUGGAAGAAAGCAUUCGUCGUUGCUAUUCAGAGACUAUCCAGCUUAGUAGCAAUGAUUUUGUAAAAAUGAUUUUGGUGGAUGCAGGCUUCAUUCUUGAGCUUUUUAUCAGAGAAUUUGAGAGAAGAAAUUGGGAAAGUGACGAUCCUAUGUUAGUUGAAGGAUGGCUGCUUUCAACGGUUUGGCGUGACUUGGUAUUACUUGAAAAUCAACUUCCAUUCUUUGUUAUUGAGAAAUUAUUCCAAGUUGCAUUUCCCUUUAAGUCAGGCUCUUAUUUAAUUGAGCUUACUUUUCAUUUCUUUAGAGAAAUGAAUUUUCAGAACAAAAGCCCUCUUUCCAAUGUGAAAAUAAAACACUUCACAGAUCUUUUUAGAACCUUUAUGCUACCUCCAUCUGACAGGCUACCAGAAGCAGGCAAUAUGAAGGUUAAACUUUUGUACUCUGCAACCCAGCUGAAUGAGGCAGGAGUAAAGUUAAAGGUGAGUCCAAGCAAAUGCUUACUUGACUUGAAGUUCACAAAUGGAGUUUUGGAAAUCCCACAGUUCCCUAUAUACGAUACCGCAGAAGCUUUGACUCGAAACGUUAUAGCAUUUGAGCUAUAUCAUUAUGGGGAAAGUAUUGCAUAUAUUACACAUUACUAUUACAUGCUUCAUUCCCUUAUCAAUACUACCAAAGAUAUGGAUUUACUUUGCGACAAGGAAAUCGUGGUUAAUUACCAAGGUGACAACAAUGCAAUGACUUCUAUUGUAAACAAUCUUCACACAAAUAUCAUAUGGGUAGGUUUGAACUCUGAUUACUGUCAUCUCUGUGAAAAUUUGAAUGUCUUCUACAAGGACCAUUGGCAUAGAUGGAAGGCAAUGUUAAUGCGUGAUUAUUUUAGCACUCCUUGGAGAACUGCUUCGACCAUUGCUGCUGCCAUCCUUCUAGUGCUUACUCUAAUACAAACUGUAUCCUCAAUCAUCCAAGUAGCAUAG